GUAGGUACGUACCUUGAAAUUGAAUUUGACAAGAAACCGAAACAAGCAGCAAUUAGUACAGUAGUACAAGAUCGUUCGUUCGAGUAUUUGUUUUCGAUACUGCUGUAAGCAGAAAAAGGCAUUACAGUAGGAAUCACCAACCCAAAAAAAAAAAUGAAAAAGAACGGAACAGAGUAGAGCAGAAAAGAGAAGAGCAGACCAAAACAACAACCAGUGCGCCAUCACCAUUAUGGGCCGAAACAGCAAGGACGAGGAAGCAGCCGAGACCAGUGGCGUAUCCGACGACGACGACGACGACGACGACGAUUGUUUCCGCAACGAACCGUUGGUUUCGGGAAAUGGCAGAGAGAUCGCUCGCGCAAACAACGUGGGGGACACCCCGAUGGCUUCUUCCACCGGUGGGCGCUUUGUUUCCUCCCUCGGAUUGGAGAGGGGGACCACGCGUAUGCUGAAACGGACGGCGUGUGCGUUCCUGGGACUGGUGGUUUUGUUAUUGGGCGUCCGCAACGACCUUUUGUGGGGGAGUGCCUAUCGCUCUCCGUUUGCCGCGAACGCGAACACGAACACGAACACCAUCGUGAGCCACCUCCGCGGCGACGGGGGCGGAGAGAGCUUCCAGUGGAUCGCCUUUGACGCCAGCGGAACCCAGAUGGUCUCGUGGUACUCCGUCGAGAAUGCCUCGGGACGGAAGGUCCGGCGGUCCAUUGAGGACCUCCUCGACGGGAACGGGGAAGGCCGCCCCCCCCCUGGCGUCCUGUUUCUCGGGACGGGAGCCUACAGCCCCCAAGAGCCGGAACAGGAGCAGAGGGAGAACCUCUCCGGGCUCUCUCSGUUAGUCGACGAGCUGCUGGCCCCGCGGCUGGACUGGAGGCUGGUCGCCGAGCGCUUUGAUCCCAGUGAGGCCUCGCUCCUCUACGAUCCCUCCAUGCACCGCAGCAGCAGCAACAGCAACAGCAACAGCAGCAGCAACAACAACAACAACAAAAGCAGCAGCCUCAUCGAACCGGCAAUCGCCGCGAGGAAAACACUCCUGGACCACCUCCAAACGGCUCCCGGCGUGAAACACGAGGAGGAUGCGCUGCGGGACCGCGCGAUCCACUACAUUCUGGUACGGGCCACCGAUCCAAAGAUCCGCGCCAUGGCAGGGGCCCUGCGGGAGCACCAGUUUCCCUCCACCAGGAAACACGGCGGAACAUUCGAUUCCUGCGGGGCAUGGGAAGACCGGACCCUCGGCCGGGUCUUUGUGGAACACGGGGGCGAAAAAGACUUUCUGGGGGCCUGGACCCGCCAGAACGCCUACGCGAUGGUCGGGGCGAUCAAAACRGGGGUCCCGCURGUCCCCGUCCUCCCCUCCGUCUGGGCCAGGGUAUACCGGUUCGAGGGCUGCGGGCAGCCGGAAGACACCGGGCACAACGCCUUUGGCUGCGGGUUUUUGCCGGCCUACGGCGGGGAGUGCCUCUCGCGCAGGAUCGAGCACGACCUGGAGUGCCUCUCGGCCAUGAAGGUGGGCCCGCUACAGGCCAUGGCCCUUCCGAGGCACGGGAUUCCCUCCUCGGUCUGUGGGRAGGCCAGGGAUCAGCUGCCGGCGCCCRAGGUAGGUGCCYCCUUCGACCCCGAGACAUACCAGUACGGUGAGGGCCCCCCGGAUGCCCUGAGGGAGUGGUGCCCUUCUUGCAACCCCUUUUUCAGAUACGAAAGCGAAAGCMAAAACCCCCUUCYCGGUUGGUCGAUCGACAGCAUCGCCGAUCCGGACCUCCCAAUGGGCAUGGAGGACGUCAGCGCCCUGGGGCGGGCCUUUCCCGAGCUGCUGCCCCUAUGGAGGCACUCCGCUAGUGGAGGAGACAGAAGCAGCGACAUCAACAGCGACAGCGACGGCCCGAAGACCCUCUGCGCCCUGGAGGUCCCCCCCCUGGUGUGCGGGGACGGCCCAGACCGAAGGGUGUGCUGCUUCGACGAGCUGACGAUCCCGAAACGUUUCCUUCCAACCGGAAACGGCGAUCCCCUUUCGAAGGAGACAAACCUCCGGGACCCGGCCCUUUCGGCCUUUCUGACGCGCUUUGGGAGGGCCAGCCGCCGCCGGAUCGCGGCCCUGCACCGGCCCUGGUGGGAAAGCCUGGACGAUGCCUGGAGGGACGCCCUGUCGACCGGGAGCUGCGCCACCCUCCACAUCCGCCGGGGGGACAACAUUUCUCGGUGCAGGGACGAAGGRWUGACCGAAUUUUGCAGCAUGGACAAGACCCUCGACGACUACAUGGAGCGAGCAGUCCCGAUGCUAGAGGCGCUUGGUUCUUCCAAGCACGUCUUUGUCAUGACGGACGACCCGGGGGAGGUCACAACGGCCAGACUGGCGCCMUGGAGGGAGAGGGGCUAUUCCAUCGAGGCCAUCUCCGGACACAACMAGUACGACUCGGAGACCUACAGCGACUGGGAUCCCUUCCUUGAAAGCCUCCACAUCGCCCCGAGCUGCAGGGCACUGGUCGGCCACCAUAUCAGCACCGUGUCCGACCUGGUCCGCCGCCUCUCGUGCUUCCGCUGGGGGGAGUGCCCCCUCUCCGACAUGUUCGAAAAGGAAGGGUGACCGGCGCGCGGAACGACUCUCCAUCCAUCCAAACAACAAACAAACAAACAAACAAACAAAUACAUCACUAACUUUGAA